GCUCCGCACCGGUUCUGAAACUGCAGAUCUAUAAUUCAAUUUUCUCGGCAUGAUGACUCCGAUUAGAUCGGGAUGAGGGAUAACUUUGGAAGGAUCACUGGUGCGAUUCCGUCCUCAAAAACCACCGUUUCUCGUUACAGACCGGACGCCUGCUUUAGAGCGGCACACGCUCCUGGAUUCUGCCUCCGCACUCGGCGGUGAACCUUCAUCGGAGUAAGUCGGCGGCAGGGACGGACGGUUCGCGAUGUGGGCCCCGCUGGUUUUCGUUGUAGCUCUGACGCUGCUCCCCAUGCAGAAAGCUUUUGCGUCCCAAACACCGUCGUACCAGACCCGUCCCAAAUCCACCGCGGUCCGAAUGGGCGAGACCGUCACCCUGUACUGUUCCUUCCACCGUCUGAGGAAUAAACCGGUCAUGUGGCUGGGGCCGCCAAACUUCCAGGUGAUUGCCAGCGGUCGUGAUGUGGACGUGAAUAAGUACAGCAGGCACGCGAUAGUCGGGGACGCCAGGAGAGGGGAGUUCAACCUGAAGAUCCAUGACGUCAGACCCGGGGAUGAGGGGGACUACAGGUGUACUGUCUUCUCCGUCCCACCUGCACAGGACGCCAGGAUAACAGUCAUCGUGCCUCCUCCCAGCCCUCCCACCAUCACGGGCGAGACGAUGGAGCUGCGCGCGGGGAAGGGGCUGGUCCUGACGUGCCGCUCGGUCGGGGGGAGGCCGCUGCCCCGCCUGUCCUGGUACAACGGCACGCAGAAGUUCGUCAUACCCGCUGCGGACGAGGACGAAGGGAAUGCACCCGGCGAGGGAAUAGAGUCAUACGAAUAUCUGUCAGGACAUUGUGAGUAA